CGAAGAGAAGAGAGCGAGAAGGUAACGAGAGAGAGAGAGAAAAGUUGUGCGCGGUAUGUGCGUUCUCUCGGUCCCACUCCCGGGAGGAGUCGAUAAAUAAAACCCUCCAUGUGCGCGCGUGUGUAUAUACACGGUAUACCUUCCCGCCAUUAUCGCGCGCGCCGCGUAGUGUUUCAUUCUUAACCGGGCCGGCCUGCCUGACUCCCCUCCGUAGUGGCCGCAAUGGACUCGCCCAUCGUUUUCAAUCUCGUUCACGGGACGGCGAUUACUCGCCGCGCUCGUGACGCAACUCGCGGCGAACGUAGCACGCGUCACGGAAACGGUGGAGAGAUCGCGGACACGCGUUCGGGAUCCGUACCCCGGACAACGAGUGUCGCCGUCGAUGUGGAGUGACUUGUCCGCGCGCGCGGUGUUGUUUUGGGUUCGGCCAUUUUUCGAGUGGGGAAGGUUAGGGGAAUCGUGCGCCGAGCGUGCUCGCGGGUCGCGAGUGUACGUCGGAGAGAAGUGAGUGGCCGUCGUCGUCGUCGGCCAUCCUGGUCACGACCGUGCCGGGGGUGUCGGGUGUCCCGGUCGCGCGGGCCACCCGGGUUGCGAGACUCCCCCGCGGGAAGUUCGCCUUUGUCAGCCAUGUGCAUUACGGCGCAUCGUUCAAAACGUCCUCGCACCCCCGUGGCGGCCGACCAAUAGGGUCCCGGGCGCCGUGGCCACGUGACCGCGGCCGGCCAAUCGGCGCGGCGGGAUUUGAAAUCUUGUGGUCUUUGUUCACGGGCCAGCUCGUGUCAACCAACGUUGUGCCUCAGUUCCGUCAAGGGGGACCCGUGUCGGUGUACGGUUUAUACAUGGUCGCUGCGCCGAAAUUCUCGACCGCGGUUUACAACGUAAAUAUAUGUGUGAAAGUGACGGCGUACGUGAACGGGGCAGUGUGAUUCGGGUACGCACGGACGCGCAGUAUCGAUAUACGGUAGGUCUGGCGCCAUUACGUUAAGCGCCGCGUAAAUAUCGCCCCGUGAAAAAGUGUUGUUGUACCCAUUCUCGUGUGUCUCGUCUCGUCUCGUCCAGUCUCGUCUCGAGCGAUCGCUCGCCGGCGCGCGCGCGCUCUCUCCCCCCUCCCCCCUUCUCUUUCUCUCUUUCUCUCGCUGUCUGUCAAGAACGAGAUAUAUGUAUAUAUUAGAACGAGCCAGACACAACGAGCGAGAUCGACGACGCUGUUGUUUUUUCCUCCUCUUCUCGCCCACCCGCCUCCCGCCUGCCCGUCCGCCUCGUCUCGUUUCGUUUCGUCUCUUCUAUCCUCUCCUCUCCUCUCCUCUCUCCUCUCGUCAUCGUUUCGGAUUGUGACUCAGGACAGCACAUUGGUUGGGUGAACGUUCGCGCGAUCGUGAAAAAGAAUACAAGUCUCGCUCCGACCGCCCGUCGCCACCGUUCCUCCCGUCUCGCCUGUCCUUCUCCGUCUCUCUUUCUCGGUCGAUCCGCGGUAAUUUCGACGCGACGGCGCGGCUGAAUUUCGCGGAUCCGCGUAAUCGCGUGCGCGUUGCCGCCGCGACGGCGAUUGUCUCGGUCCGCCGUGCGGCGUAAACAAUCGGUGGCCGCCUCUUCCGCCUCCUUGUGUCAAAACUCGCUCGCGGCGAGUUGAAUGAGCGGCUUACGGGCGCGAGUAGUGUGUAGCCGUAGUACGGCGCCCGUGGUUUCGGCGGGAAGAGCGAGUGCGUGCGAGACGCGAGAGAAGGAGAAGGAGAGAAAACUCGUUUAUGGUUCGUUCCUUCUCCGCACCACGGGUCCGAGUAUCUCUCUCUCUCUCUCUCUUUCUCUCUGUUCCUCCUCUUCCCUUCGCGCUGGAGGGAAAGAGAGGAAGGACAGACUCCGCGCGGGGUGUGGAGGAGGAACAAACCCUCGGUUAUAUUACUCUCUCUGCGAGAAUGCCCGAAAAAUAACAGCGGCGGAUGUCGAUGCACGAGAAAUGCAUACGCAACGAAACUGCAUCGGAUAUGUAUGUGUGAAUGCGCGCGCGCGCGUGUGUGUAUGUUUCCCCAUGCGUAUGUGUGUGCAAGGAUGCGUAAAGGUGUGCGUUCGAAAAGAGAGGGACCCACGGGAGAGGGGAGGAAAGGAAGCGUUAUGCGCUCCGUGUGACACAGAGUUCCCUUGAGCGCUCAGGCCGGAGAUGAGUAAAUGGAUACACACAGGUCCAAUGAAUUACGGACGGUGGAAAGAAAGUACGCGUAACCGAGAGAGGUAAUAUGCAAAUAAGGGAAAAAGGAGGAGGAAGGAGAUAGCACGCGCGCGAGUGAGGUGGAAAGUGCCCGGCGUGUUCGGCGUCCUCGAUCACGGCGGGAUUAUAAUGUUCUUUCCUAUUGUUCUCGGAGUCGUCGUCCCGAAGCUUCUCGAAAAUACCCGUCGGAAAAUCUGAAAGAUGGCAGCUCUCCAAAAGCUCUCCGUGUUUAAGAGACGCUUUACGAUUUAUUUUAACGUGCGCCGCGUUCGACUCUCCUCCCCUCUCUCUUUUUUUAUUUCUUUUAUUCUCCAUUUCCGGCCGUUUAAUUCCGAAUUUCGGAGCAAGAGAUAAGGAUUUCUUUUCCUUUUCUCUCGCGGAGAAAAAAAGUUUCGAAAGCGGAAAAUUUUCUCCGCGGGAACAUUUUCGCGCCAGAGUUUCCCGCGUAAUUGUUAUCCGGAGCAGGCGGAUAAACGACGGCGGCGGCGGCCGUGAGUCCUCGUUGCCGAAACCGCCAACGACGGGUAUCGAUUUCCAUUGAUAGCCACGAAUAGUAAUUUCGCGCGGAUCGCGAACGUUAAUUGGCCUGCCGGAAUAACGUCGCCGAAGUGAAAUCUGGUCCUUCCCCUUCUUCCUUCCCGGUCGUUCGCUCGCGUCGCGACGCCUCCCCCGAGGAUUUGACCAUGAUUUAUAAAAACACCCUCGUUUGCCUCGCGUUUGCCGCUUGUCCUCGGAUAAGUUGCGUAAAUAAAAAAAAAAUUCUUUUUUUCCCUUCCCAAAAAGUUUCGCUCUAGAGAGCAAGGGAAGAGCAGAGAACGAAAUGCGAAUAUAGCCUUCGGGCAAGGACAGAAAGGGAAGAUGAAGCGAGACCGAGGGUCAGGCAAGCGGGCGAGGGGGGCGGGGGGGGGGCAAAGGCAGCAGCCCCUCCGAGCCACUUUCCAGCCGCAUGCCGCCGGGAAAGCUAUUGACCGUGAGAACCUUCCGGGAAACCCCCGUAACCCCCGAAUCCCUUCUGGCCCUCUUCUCGCCAUAUGCCCACCGCAGGAAGCGGCCACGGUCCUGCGGCAGGUACGGCCCAAAAUUCACAUUCUUUUCCCUUCUGCCCUUUCGUGUCCCAUUCUCGCACAUUAUACUUUUGCGCUCCUCUCAUGCUACCAGACGAUUACUUCUUUCGACUUUGGAAGAAAAAAAAUGAGUGUGAUAGGAAAAAAAAACGGAGGCAGAAAGGACAAGUAUACGCACAGAAAAGGACCAAUUCUACGGCGGAGAAAAAAAUUGCUCGAUUUACUCUUUUUCUUCCAGUAGAAGUAACGGUUAUCUUCAGUAAAGGAUAUUUCCUUCAUAAUUUUACUCUUAAAAUAUAGUUGUCACUAACUUUUAAAAAUUUGUUAUUGAAUACUUGAAAGGGGAAUUUAUACUCCGUCGAUGAAUAUUCGUAUUGAAGAAAACCAAAGUAAAUUUUUAUUCUAACUUAAUAUUUUUAAUGGACGUUUUCAAUUACUAGGAUGCUUGUGAUGAACUCGUGAAAUAUUCGAAGUAAUAUUUGCUCGAUUCAAGUAAUUUACGGAAUGUAUUUUUCUAUGUGCGCACAGAAAUUGGUUUUAGGUAAACACUGAUUUCAAAUGAUAUAUGAGUGUACUUUAAGAUUAGCAAGAAAAUAAUAUUUCUCGUAAAGAUAAUAGUUACUUAGAGAAAGCAGAAAACUAAAAGAACCGACUGAUCGCUUUUCUUACUAUGAGAAUAUUUUUCUACGUAUAUGACGAAAAGUCUCUUUUUGUUGUUAUAUAUAUAUGAUUUUUUUCCAUUUUGUCGUUCGUUCUCGCGGUAAGGAGAAAAUUAUUUUCUGCGGACGCGCACAGAAGUAAUGCGCUUCAUCUCCGAUACGGUGGAACGAGGGAUUUUGCAACGUGUACCGCUAGAACAGUUUUUAUCGCACACUCUCGCUACUGCAAUGAGAAAUCGCCGAAGAUUUCGACGUGGUAGAUGACAGCAAUUCAGCAUUACGUACAUGGGAAACAAACAGUUUUUAAGUAUCCAAAACUAGCUGGCUACAGAUCUAAAAAUAAUUUUUCCUUUAAUUAUCAAAAUAGAUGUGUUGGCACGAAACUUUUUUACAGCAUUAUCGUCACGCUCGUGUGUCCUACAUAAUUAUUCUGGUGUUCGGUAAAAUCGCGUUCUCCCUGUAAUUAAACAGAUGUCUGACGUUUACAAGUAAUUUUAUAAUAAUUUCUACGAUAAGUUUUCACGUUUAAUUCCUUGCGUGUUAUACUUGAUAAAUUUACGCAUUCCGAGAGGAGACCUUCGUUGUGGAGCACGCGAUCUUAUUGUGUCGUGCAGCUUCCAAUUUGCCCCUGCGUCACCGAAAGAUUAAUCCUGACGAAUCUCACGACUGAAUCGCGCGGCGUCGUAAACUUACCGAGUGGAAAAAAAGUCCCGCUCUCCUGGUGCAGACGAGAGAUCUCCUUUCCGUAAUUUUAGCAUACCUAGGAGAUUUCUGAAAGUUGCAUACGACGUGCGACGAUGAAAAUUAGAUACGUCUAAUUUUAAGACUCCCGACCGGAGUCUCCGGGCAACCUUUGCGCAACCGACGAUGUGUAAUCGCCGGUUGUCUCCGAAUAUGCGAACGCUUGAUUAUCGGUUUUGUUAUAUAUAAAAAUACAAUUUAUUCGCGGUGCGCGCGCGCGCGCAAACGCGAGCGUUCUAAAUAAUUCAUGGAAUAGAAAGUCCAUCGCGAUCAAAUUGAUAAAGCGAGAAAAACGAAAGAGCGCGUUUGAAUUCGGCGGACGUUCUUUCAUCGCGAAAUCUCAGCGCGGCUUUCCGCGAAACAAUCGGCGAUUCUCGCGUCGUUAGCCUCGCGCGCAACGGGUUGACCCACGGCGCCAUUGUGCUCUCGCGCGCCGUGUGCUCGUUGCCGUUUGUUGUUGUGCCGUUGAGCCUCCUUCGUUUUAGCGAUGACGCGAGAGCGGAGUGGAAACGGCGCUCGCCCGGCCGCCACUUUCGCGCGUCACGGAGGUUUGAUAAUGUCGGAGCCAGGCCUCGGCUAAAUUCUGUAAUAAUAACGCGAUCGGUCCCCAAUUCCGCGCUUCUUGCGCCCGCUUCUGCGAUUCGCAAUGCGUCUUUUUUUACGUUUACCUACGCGGAAACGCGCGACCCGCACGUGGGAAAGGAUUGGAAAUCUCGGAGCAUAUAGCGCGAGACAUUCUCUACUCGCGAAAUUUCGCAAUUUUAUCGAUAGGAUUAUUCACGGUACGAUCGAUCGAUCUUAUUUCCACGCGGUUUUGUUCGUUUUCGCGCGCGAAAAGUUCAUUGUAAUUUCUAUAAGCUGAGGAUACAUUGGGAAACGCGUUCCAUUGUACAAAAGGCGCGUACGUACGUGCGGUAACGUGCGAAAUUUUGUAAGAUCUCGGAUUGACUCAUCGCCGGCAGCUCUGGCCAGUGAAAGCAAAAAGUUCUCCGAGUAGCCUGGUAAUACCCGAAUCGAAUUAGCGGAGGAGGACGGGAUUAGUAAGCGCACCGUGAGAGAGAGAGAGAGAGAAAGAGAGACUCGACGCUCUAAUCCUCGCCGAGGAGACGUCGUCGUCCGGUCUUCAGAUGCGCGAUUACACGCGGCCUUUCGUAAUCGGGAAUCGAGUUUGGGAAAGUAAUCAUUAAUGCAUAAAAUCUCCCUUAAUCUCGAUUACCCGCCGAGGCCCGGGAAGAGACACCACCGGCUUACGUCCCACGGAUAACGCAAUGCCCGCGCGGAGGAAAACGAUCUCAGAGUCGAUUGAAUGGAAUUGGAUACCGUAAAUGCGUACAGCACCGUCGGGAUGGAGCAGGGAUUGUCUGGGGACCCAUGGGACUGCCUGUUUGGCAGCGACAGCAUCUCGGACGCCUUUCAGGGUCGUCCGGAGAUGUUACAUAUGGGCAUACGGCGUUGCGAUAACACGGACCAGGUCGGCUGGCUUGGUUUCGACUUCGACGACGUCCUGACGGAGACCGACGAGGAUCCGAUCGGCUUCAAUGAAAAAAGCCACAGUUCGAACAGCAACCUGGAGGAAUUGAAUCUGGACAGCGACAGCGAGCUGGCUUUGACGUUGGACCCGAAUUUGAUACUGCCGCGUAACAUGCCCAGCCGCAGCCCCGCGACAAACAGCGACGCGGCGAUUCUGGAGACGGCGAGUGUGGAGGAGAACACUGCCGCCGAAAACGAGGGGGAAGAGACGGAGAACGAAAGUGAGAUCGACCGAACCGAAAACGAUGAGGAAAAUGAAAGCGAAGAGGAGGACGAGGAGGAGGAUGAGGAGGUCGAGAAUGAGGAGAACGAGCAUAACGAAACGGAGUACGAAACGGAGGAAGAAGAAACAGAGGAUGAGGACGAGGAGGAAGAGGAAGAGGAGGAGGAAGAGGGCGAAGAGACGGAGGACGAUGAGCAGGACACGACCGUUCAGCAGCCGCUCACACCCCUGAGUGUGGAGGCGCCGACGUCGAUAUCGUCGUCGUCGGAGGCUAGCGUCGGCGCCAGGACGUUAACCGCUGCCGCCGCCCUCGCCACCUCCUCGCCGACGAUACAGCUGACGAGGUUGCACCACCCCAAUAAAAUAAACACCCUAUCCGCCGCCACCGUCAAGGACAUCAAAAUGCUCGCGGCUAAUCCGGGAAGUCAAUCUGCUGCAUUGCAGCAGAUUCGCAAACAGAUGCCGUACAAUAACAACGUGCACGAUGUCAGCACAGGGGCACCGACGACGGUGAUGAUACAGGCGGCAAAGCGCGAGAAGGACUUGACGACGACGACGACGACGACGACGACGGGAAGCCAACGUGACAAUUCCUACCCGAAACCUGCGUACUCGUAUUCGUGUCUCAUCGCGAUGGCGCUGAAGAACAGCCGAACGGGAUCGCUGCCGGUUUCCGAAAUCUAUAACUUCAUGUGCCGGCACUUUCCCUACUUCACGACUGCGCCGACCGGCUGGAAAAACUCCGUGAGACACAAUCUGUCGUUAAAUAAGUGUUUCGAGAAGAUUGAGAAACCGCCCGGGAAUGGCAGUCAGCGAAAGGGUUGUCUCUGGGCCAUUGCUCCGUCGAAGGUGGCCAAAAUGGACGAGGAGGUGCGAAAAUGGUCAAGGAAGGACCCGACCGCGAUCAAGCGGGCCAUGGUGAAUCCCGAUCAGUUGGAACUUCUAGAACGGGGCGAGAUGAAGUACGAGGGCGAAGACAGACAGGAGGACGGGUACGAGGACGCGGAGAGCUACGCGGAUUCCGAGACGGGUGGAUCCGCAGUGGACGAGGUUAUCAAUGACGAUGUGGACGAGAACAUUACAUACGACGCGGGGAAACUAAUCGACGUUGACGACGAUCUCGUCGUGGAGCAGCUCUAUGAGGAUCUCGAUCUCGUCGACUCCGGCGACUUGCUCGAAACGCAGGAGCUCAAUAGGGGGGAACAGUUAAUGUACCAAUUAGUCUCAUGCGCGAAGCGUCAAAAGACGCUAUCGGGUUCGCCGAUAUCGAGCGAUUACGUUUACCAGCAGGUCGACGCACCGUCCCGGAAGAAGGCGCACUUUGUCGCGCUACGACCGGGAGGAACCGCGCCGAGUGCCGGUUCCCUCCUUGAGGCGGAGUAA